GUAUGUAGGCCGAGUAUAAAAGGUACUCUCUGCAUUGCUGACGGUCUGUCAUUUCGUUCGAACGGCGGUGUGCGCGUGUUCUUGUAGCUUGUUUGUGAUGGCGCGCUCUAACACAGCGCUUUUGUUACUCGUUGCACUUCUGGCAUGCCAUGCAUAUGCACAACAAAGUGAAGAUGCUGCGCCAAAGAAAGAAGACAGUUUUGAGGCUGAAUUGUGUAAAGACAAAGACGCUGGUGAAUGGUUCAGACUAGUCGCCGGUGAAGGUGAUAAUUGCCGUGAUGUAAUUCAAUGUACAUCUUCCGGUCUUCAAGCCAUCCGUUGUCCAGCAGGUUUAUACUUUGACAUUGACAAACAGACGUGCGAUUGGAAAGAUUCCGUAAAAAAUUGCAAACUGAAGAACAAAGAAAGAAAAGUUAAGCCUCUUCUGGUAACAGACGAACCAUUGUGUCAAGAUGGAUUCUUGGCAUGUGGAGAUGGAAAUUGUAUCGAAAGGGGAUUGUUCUGUAACGGAGAAAAGGAUUGUUCCGAUGGAUCAGAUGAAAACACAUGCGAUAUCGAUAACGACCCGAAUCGUGCGCCACCAUGCGAUCCAUCUGUUUGCAACCUUCCCGAUUGUUUCUGUUCCGAAGAUGGUACCACCAUUCCUGGAGAUCUACCAGCCAAGGACGUGCCUCAAAUGAUUACUGUUACGUUCGACGACGCGAUCAACAACAACAAUAUCGAAUUAUACAAGGAAAUAUUUAACGGAAAACGCAAAAAUCCAAACGGUUGUGACAUUAAAUCCACCUUCUUUGUAUCCCACAAGUACACCAACUAUUCAGCAGUGCAAGAAAUGCACCGUAAAGGUCACGAAAUUGCUGUUCACUCGAUAACUCACAACGACGACGAACGUUUCUGGUCCAACGCAACAGUGAACGAUUGGGUCAAGGAGAUGGGUGGCAUGAGAAUAAUUACAGAAAAGUUUGCAAACAUCACUGACAACAGCGUGGUGGGCGUUCGGGCACCUUACUUGCGAGUCGGUGGAAACAAUCAAUUCACGAUGAUGGAAGAGGAGGCGUUCCUGUACGAUUCCACCAUUACCGCUCCUUUAAGCAACCCUCCACUAUGGCCUUACACCAUGUACUUCCGUAUGCCACACAGAUGUCACGGAAACCUGCAAAGUUGUCCAACCAGAUCUCACGCCGUAUGGGAAAUGGUAUUGAACGAACUGGAUCGUCGUGAGGAUCCGGCAAACGACGAAUACUUGCCAGGAUGUGCCAUGGUGGACUCCUGUUCAAACAUAUUAACCGGAGAUCAAUUCUACAACUUCCUGAACCACAAUUUCGAUCGUCAUUACGAAGAAAACAGAGCUCCUCUCGGUUUAUAUUUCCACGCCGCCUGGCUAAAGAACAACCCCGAAUUCUUGGACGCUUUCCUUUAUUGGAUGGACGAAAUUCUGGCGAACCACAACGACGUAUACUUCGUGACGAUGACCCAAGUAAUUCAAUGGAUUCAAAACCCAAGAACAAUUUCAGAAUCGAAGAACUUCGAACCGUGGAGGGAAAAAUGUGUCGUCGAAGGAAUUCCACACUGUUGGGUACCACACUCCUGCAAACUGACGUCAAAGGAGGUUCCCGGAGAAACUAUAAAUCUACAAACAUGCGUGAGGUGUCCAAACAACUACCCAUGGGUGAACGAUCCCACAGGGGACGGUUUCUUCUAAGUCACAAAAUUUAGUUUAAUUUAUAUGGAACUGUAAAUCAUUAGCCCGGCCUAUUAUCGUAUUUAUUUAUGUUAAUGUUUAUGUUUAUGUUUAUGUUUAUGUUUAUUUGACAAUGACGGACGACCACGACUAUGAAGAAAAGGAAGUUGAAGUUAAAGAAGAAAAUGUUUAAAAAUAGUUUCGACAGAAAUAUUAGGCUGAAGAUCGGGUUUAGUGAUUUUACCUUACAUACUAUAUUUAUUAUUUUAAUGACUGUAUGAGUGAUCUAUUUUUGUUGUUUUUUUUGUAAUAAAAAUACUUGAAAUACCAAA